UUUUGUAAGUGAGAAAAAAGUUGAGAUGUUCAAAAGUUUAGUGAUAAACUCUUUUUUUUACAGCUCCACAUGAAGUUGACGUCAUCAGGGAUGCCAUGUUAGAAAUCGAGACCGUAUCCUGUAUACGCUUUCGUCAAACAGCCAACAUUUCUGAGCCUCAGGUUGCUAUAAGACGCAUUGGUGCUGAAGGGUGCUAUUCUGCAUUGGGCUUCCAGCAUAAAGUUCAACUUUUAAACUUGGACACAAACUGCACGGAAAAGGGCGUUGUUCAACAUGAGCUCCUCCAUGCACUUGGUUUUGUGCACAUGCAAUGUGAUCCGCGCCGAGAUGAUUAUGUAACUAUCAAAGAAGAAAAUAUCAUACCUGAAAAAAAGUGUAAUUUUAAAAAGUUCGAUGCUAGAGAUGUAACAGAUUUCGGUGUGCCGUAUGAUUAUUCCAGCAUUAUGCACUAUGGUUUAAAGGCAUUCUCCAAGAAUAACCAACCAACAAUAGUUCCAAAACUAAAUACUGCUAAAAUUGGUCUGACACAGCUAAGCACUUUGGAUAUUCUUAAAUUAAACAUAGCCUAUUGUUGACUAAUGAAUCAAGACUAACACUCAUCAAUUGCCUUUAUUCGAAAUUUACUUUUGAGCAAGUAUACUUUUAUAAUUUACAUGUUCUAUACGUAACAUGUAAAUUAUAUACACUUGACUAUUAAU